CCAACCGGACGGCGGAAGAGGGCGUGAAGGGCAGGCGGGAGGACACGCCUCUUCCGCCUGGGUCCGGAAGGGUGAUGUGGCUGGGGCAGCGCCGGCCUCACUAUGUCAGCCAUUUUCAAUUUUCAGAGUCUGUUGACUGUAAUCUUGCUGCUUAUAUGUACCUGUGCUUACAUCCGCUCCUUGGCACCGAGCGUCCUGGACAGAAAUAAAACUGGAUUGUUGGGUAUAUUUUGGAAGUGUGCUAGAAUUGGUGAGCGGAAGAGCCCCUAUGUUGCGGUGUGCUGUGUGGUGAUGGCCUUCAGCGUCCUCUUCAUACAGUAGCUUGAGGAAACACCAGAGUGACAUUGUCAUCAGAGUUCUGUAUGAACAGGGACUUGCUGUGGAAGAUAAUGGAAAGAGUGGUGAACUUGAUCUCUGAACAUUGAAUAAGAUACACUUCAGAUGCUGUUCUCUAUUUUUAUGUUACUGGACCUUUGUUCUGUAUAAAUAAUUAAGAUGUAACCAUUUAAUAUUCAGAGUUAAAUAGUCUGUAACAAUCAACCUCAGUACUGUCACUACAAUAUUACAUUCUGCAAAUGUCAUUCUGUUGUGUUAGAUACCGAUUUUUAGUGAGGUAUCUCCAAGGCACAUAAUAGAAAACAAAAUUGGUAAAUUACUCAAGUUCCUUUCACUGUGAUUUGGAAAUGAUAAAUCUUUAUAGAAUGAGACCUUCUCUUGGACUAGCUUUUUUAUUGAGUAAAAAAUGGCUCAGUUUAUGCUGAUAAA